AACCUCGCCAAACUUACAAAAAUCAACAAAUCGGAAAACUUGUAUGUCAAGCUCUGUAAUCCCAUGACCUGGUAAAUUUCAGUUCUUCUAUUUGCAAUCGCAAUCUGACACUUUUUGUUGAAAACUGUGAUGAAUUAAUGUGCCGUGGCCUUCCAUCAACCUAAUUAUUUAUUGCCCAAUCUCACCUUCAAGUGCUCUGUGUGGCAAACGCCAUUCCUGGUAAAAUUCAUCUCAUCCGACAGUUGAAUUAUGAUGAAUUAAUGUGCCGUGGCCUUCUGUCAACCUAAUUAAUGCCCAAUCUCACCUUCAAAUGCUCUGUGCAGCAAACGUCAUUCCUGCGCCGUGAAGAUAAUUGCCCCGGCAUUGGCGAUGUCGCUCCAUCUGCCAAGUAGAGAAUGCAAAUGGAAACCAGCUCAAACCCAAGCCAAAAUGGGGUACACGGGAGUUGGAACUCAGAUCAAACCCUUACUCAAUCCAUUUCCGAUGAAGACAGGAUAUUGAUAAUGUCGAUGAGAGACAUGAUCGAGGGAGAGGUUCCCGACUCACAGCUUGUGGAUGAUGCUACUCUUCGGCGUUUCUUAAAUGCUCGAGAAUCGAAUGUGCAAAAAGCUAGCGAGCUAUAUCUGAAGUACAGAAAAUGGAGACAGACUUUUGUACCACUUGGCUAUGUCUCAGAGACAAUGAUCUCAAAUGAACUUAAGAAGAACUUUGUAUCCAUGCAAGGAUUCGACAAAAAAGGAAGGCCAAUCGCAGUUGUUCACUUGGCAAGGCAUAAACCUUGCCACAGGACUAUAGAAGAUUUUAAACGUCUUCUCGUCUAUACUCUUGAUAAAAUGUCUUCUAGUACACAAGGAGGACAGGAAAAAUUUUCCAUCAUAGGAGAUUUUGAUGGUUGGAUGUUCAAGCAUGUAGACAUUCGUGGAGCCCUGGCAGCUGUGGACACAUUACAGGAUUAUUAUCCAGAGCGCUUAGGGAAGUUGUACCUUGUUCAUCUCCCAUAUAUAUUCUGGGCAGCAUGGAAUAUAGUAUGUCCUUUUAUUGACAAAAGGACACGGCAAAAGAUAUUAAUGAUUGAUAACAAGGACAUAAAAACAACUCUGUUGAAUGAUAUUGAUGAAAGCCAACUGCCUGAAAUUUAUGGAGGUAGAUUGCCCUUGGUACCAGUUCAGGAUGCUGUUGUACCAAAUUGGCCUCCAAACUAAUAGUCGUCAUAUUUUCAGGUUUGGGAAAGCAAUAAAAUGUUUCACAUCAUACCAUAGAUGUGAAUUGUAGUACAAAAUUUCAGCUUGUACUACAGACGCUGGCAUUGGCUGGUUUACAAUUCCAUUGUUGUAUCUGUACUGUAGCAUCUCCUGCAUAUUACAUUUUGACAUCUCAGAGCUCAAAAAUCUCAAACAAUAUCAUCAUUUUCCAAAAUCUUCUUGGUGUAAGAUGUCGCCUUGAGAAUGAAUGACUAUUAAGAUUCUCUACUUCAUAAUUCACUUUCUUCCAAUAAUAGUAAAAGAUAAAAUAAGUUUAAUUGAAGAACUGUAUCUUGUGCCAGUAAUUGGUAUUGGGUUGUUUGACAUUUAAUUGAUUUAGAACAUGAAACAAGAAGAUUUGUGUGCACCGUUAUAUGAAUAAUGAAGUUCCAUCAUCAUGCAAAUUCUUAUGGUUAACCUAAAGAUGUAUAUUUGUGUGCCCCUGUAAUUGUUCUAAAUGCAAUCGGUGUAUGGUGUAUAGUAAUCUCCAGAAGCUUCUUGUCUUGCUUCAUUUUCAGGACAGUUUCUGGGUACUUCAUAAUGCACCAAAGCUCUUAUCUUGUUA